AAUCAUCGCAUGGUUCCUGAUACAUUAAACAGAUGUCUUGUGGCUUUGAACGAACCCCUCUACAUACACGGAAAGUGUCAGAGGUAGGAAAGGCUAAUAGGUCCAGGAAUUCUUUGCAGCUCGAUGGUUAUAGAAGAUCUUCUCAGGAUUCCAGAAUUUCUUCUUUCAAUUUGAGAAACAUUGAUCAGAGGUGUACCAUAUUGACUUUCCCAACACUCGAGUGUGAUGGGCAGUGGAGAAUUAUUGCACUACCCUUGCAAUUUUUUGAUUACACUGAACGUUUCGGAAAUGGAACUCGGGUCAAUAUGAAUAGCCUGCAUCUGGUCCCCUCUCCCUCCGUUAAAUCAUUUAAGGUUGAUGGACGGGAGACACAGAAAGGGCCUCAACAUGAUCAGAUUACUUAUUCUGCCAAGCCUUUUAGAACCAGAAGCUUGUCGGGCUCCAAUGUGCAACAACAAUUCCGCAACCGCACCAUUGUACAUAAGAUGACUAAAUCGAGUGAAAUGUCCUACUGUUCUUCUCGUCAUAGUUCUAUCACUUGCUAUGAUUCUUCUUCUGUCAUGUCAAAAGGAUCCAAUGCUACUAUGUUUAUUGAUUGUUCCGAGGUAGACAAGUCUACAAAGAGGAAUGCACAGAAGAAGGCAAGAAGGAAGGGGAAGCAUAAAAAGAAACAUUUGUGCGACUUUGGCACUUCAGAAUAUGAGGUUUGCGUGGAGUAUGCCUGUGGAAGUUCAGGAUCAGAAUGUUGUGAGAGCAGUAGUGGUGUUGUUACAAGUUCCCAAACACAAAAUACAUGCACAUGUGACAUUGAUGAAGUGGAUACAUCAGAACCUAUUUUACCUUCUCAUGCUCAGAAGUACGGGGAGCAUACAUAUAGCUCUGAAAUCAGUAGCGAGGACCUGCAACUUUCUAGGUGUCAAGGGGAUAUAGAGAGGAGGCAUCCUUCACGUACAGGCUCUCUUGUAGGUAUACAUCAGAAGGAUUUCUCAGACAAGCAUGAUUCUCUAGCGUUGGAUCCCUCUUCUAAGAAUCUUGGAAACAGGAACCAUAUUCAAAAGUGA